AUGUAUUUAUCACCUUUUAUUGAAUCAAUUAUCAAUCAAAUACCAGAUAGUAGUAGUAGUCUAGAUCAUAAUAAUAAAUAUGAUUUAUCACAACUUCAAACGAUUAUCAUUGAACAGAUAUUUGGAUAUAUCAAAGAUGUAGUAGAUGUUAUUAGUUUAUUAUUGACUUGUAAAAAGUUAUUAUUGUUACCUUUUAAGAGUCAACAACAACAACAACAAUCAUUAACAUCAACUAAUAUCAUUGGCAAUGAUAUUAAAGCAGUGUUUGAAAAGAGUAUCAGCUCUUUUAUAAAUACUGAGUAUAUAUAUACUCAGCCAUUAAAUUAUUUCAACCAUCAAAAGAGCAUUCAAUCACGAUACAAUCUAAAUACCUUUCAACACUUUUUCAAUGCAUCUUUUGAUCAUCGUUUGGUACUCGAUUCCGACGACCCUCCUCAUACAUUAUACAAACAACAACAACAACAACAAAAACAUGUUGAUACUUCUCCUCCUUCUCCUCCUCUUCCUCAUAUUCUACCAACUAUAACACAUUCAUUGUUAUUAUCAAGAUUAGAUUCAAAUAGGAGUAUAAGAAAACUAGAUGAGUUUCCAAAGACCACUCAAACACUUUGGUUGCCUGUUGGUUAUGACUGGGGUAUCGAUAAAUCUCUCUUUCCCAACCUACAAGUGCUUUUAGUUGGAGGUGAAUCCCAACGUGUUUUGCGAUCGCUACCAGACACUCUCACAUCUCUGACACUCUAUUCAGAGAUAUUGCCCGAGCAUCCGAUCCCACGAUCUAUCAAGUAUCUCACCAUUAUGGCAAAAUCACCCGAUUCUGUAUCUAAGAACGCUGCCUAUCCUAGGGACCUAUCCAGGACCAUGUUUCCAAGUGACUCUCAACUUGUCGAGCUAUCGAUAGAGGCGGAAGUCGAUUUAGAUGUGGACUACGACAAUGACUAUUCAUCCUCUUCCUCCUCCUCCAACUACUUUUUCCCAACCAGUCUUACCAAAUUGACUCUAAACAUUGGACAAUCAAUCCCCAAAUGUUUCCUAACACCAAAUUUAAAGUCACUGACCAUUAAAACUAGAUCAAUGGUUGGGUUUGGUCAAGGAUUGGCUGGGUUGCAUCACUUGGAAUUCCUUGACUUGGUAUUGAUAAAUAAGAGUUGUCGUCUUGAAGAUUUACAUCUUCCAAGUAGUUUAAGAGUACUCAAACUAAAGUCAUAUCCAAGACAACAACUUUGGGAGGGGUUCCUUCCACCUCUUCUUGAAAGCUUGUAUUUAAAUUUUCUAAGAUUAUUCCCAUCAUCUCUCAAGACUCUUGACCUCCAAGUAAAUAUUCAGUCACAAAUUCAUGUCGGUGCACUUCCAUCAUCGUUGACUAGUCUUUCGUUAAAAUAUGAACAAGAAUUGGUUGUUGGUGUCAUUCCAAAUGGUUUAAUCAAAUUGGAACUAAGAGAACAUAAACAUUUAAUCAAUCAACAAAAUGUAUUACCCGAUUCAAUCACUAGUCUAUCUUUACCAGGAUACCAUCAAGUUGAUCUAUCAACCUUUUCAUUUCCACCAAAACUAAAGAAAUUGGAAUUAAUGAAUUUAAAGGACAAGAUAAUAUUAAAUCAACAAGACACAGAUGAUGGUAGUGGUGGUCAUAGUCGUUGUUGUUUACCAGUGACACUUGAAAAAUGGUAUAGUAAUAUUGAUGUUGUUGGUGGUCUGCCAAUCGAUCAAUUACCAAAUUUACGUGGUUUCAAAUAUCCUCUAGCAUUACAAGAAACAGGCUUUCCUUUAUUUUCUCUACAACAUACUACUACUACUACUACUACUACUAUGAUGCCAAAACAAAUCAAGAAAUCGUAUUACUAUAUAACUAAUCGAUAUUGGGUAGAUCAACGUUUUAGUUUCAGGUUGCAAGAUGUUAGUAAUAGUGUAAAAGUUUCCAAAUACAUGUUUGAUGUUAGAAUGUUGGAUGAUAAACAUGCUAUCAUUAUGCAAGGUCUUUAUGGAGGAAUAGUUGAUCUACAACAAAAUUUAUAA